AUGGAGGCAGAACAACUCAAAGUAAUGUUUGAGCAACAACUGCAACUCAUCAAAGUACUUACGGAGCGACUAUCAACUACAUCUUUGGCUUCACCGGCGGCGUCGAGUGUCCCACAGUCGGUUGAUGGAAUCGCUGGCAGUAUCAACGAAUUUUGCUAUGAACCCUCAGCUGGCAUAACGUUUGAUGCUUGGUUUCGUCGCUAUGAAGACCUGUUCAGGGUCGAUUUUUCACUUCAAGAUGAUAGUUGGAAGGUUCGCCUCCUGCUCCGCAAACUUGGACCCGCAGAGCAUGAUAAGUACGCUAACUAUAUUCUGCCAAAAAACCCGCGCGAUUUCACUUUUGAUGAAACGCUCCACACGCUUUCACAAAUAUUCGGUGAGCAAACGUCACUUUUCAACAUCCGUUAUCGAUGCAUGAAGCUAGUGAAGAGUGAUGCAGACGACUUCCUCACAUAUUCUGGCAUCUGGCCAGAAAUCGUUCCGGUGUCAUCUCCAACAACAUCUAGUACGCUGAGAGUGUUAUCCAACAUUUUCAGUCAGCAUGGAUUACCGGAGUCCAUAGUCUCAGACAAUGGUUCGCAGUUCACCUCUGCUGAGUUCCGCGACUUCUGCACUCGACAUACGAUAACACACGUUCGUUCACCACCGUACCACCCACAAUCGAACGGUCAAGCAGAAAGGUUCGUCGACACAUUCAAGAGGGCUUUGCUUAAAGCUCGAGGGGAGGAGACAUCCGUCGAAGCCCUUCAGAGAUUCCUGUUUGUGUACCGAACGACCCCGAAUGACGCUUUGGCAAACCACCAGUCACCUGCAGAGGCACUCAUGGGACGUAAACUUAGAACUGUGCAUUCUUCCAUGUUGCCAACACAACCUACUGAGUCAAGGUCCAUACCGGUAGCAGUUGGAACCCCAUUCAAGGUGGGAACGCCCGUGCUUGUCCGUGACUAUCGCCCAGGACAUGAUUCAUGGAUUGCAGGUCGUAUCCUGCGCAAACGCGGUAGUGUAAUGUACGACGUGUCGGUUGGCCAAGACACCUGGACCAAACAUCAAAAACAACUCCGCUUUAACAGCACGCCGGAAACUCAAGUAUGUUCGGGUAGCAUACCUUUACGCGCUGCUACGGCCGAGGAGCCUAUCCCGCACAAGAUCGGCCAAAAGUACGGGUCGCUUGCCGAGCUCGGAUUGGUCGAAAGUCUGGACCCAAGAGCCAAUUAUGUCCCCGUACUGGUCGAAUGCAGGUUGCCAAUGGCAUACCCAGAAUCAUCGGAAUUUUCAAGCUGUCACCACUUAUACUACAUAUACGACGUGCAAUACAAGUGUUAUGGACUCGGUUUUGAGCGUCAAUAUACGUUGUACACCUUUGGUGGUUGUUUUGAUGGGAACGCUAGCUUGGGAGGUCCAGACAGAAAACUAAGCUAA